AUGUCACAAAUAUUUGAAGCGAUUAAGGAAUUACUUGUCUUUGCAAAUCUACAAAUGCUCAUUUCUAACAGACGACUUCUUUUCAAGAGUGUCUUGGUUACUCAAAAGGCCAAACUGAAUGUUCCAAUUGUACGUUGGUUGACAUCUUCAAAUGGGUCGGUUUUAGAUAGAUGGCGGACAGAGAUGGAGUCCAAAAAGAUCCUCACUCACGACACUCUGAUCGCCUCUCCUUUGAAUCUGUUGGCCAACACACUAAACGACCAAACCGUACCCUAUCGUCAUGCCGUUCUUCCUGCCUCUGACACCGAGAUUCCUCCCACCUGGCAUCACGUCUAUUUUCCUCCGCGUACACCUGAAGAUGACCUUGCUUUGGAUGGUUAUGAAACCGACUUCUUUCCCCCACCUCCGUUUGUUCAGCGCAUGUGGGCCGGAGCAACCUUGGUGUGGAAUACAGAAAAUCCACUCAGGGCAGGCCAACAGGUAACCAUGGCCACAACCCUGGACAAGGCAGAGUACCGGCAGCAAGGGCGUGUGGGAGAAUCUGUGUUUGUGCAUCUUGGAAAGAAUAUUUCUAAUAAUCAGGGAUGGUCUAUGAAAGAAGAAAGGUCAUUGGUGUACCUUACAGAUCAAAGUAUUUCCUCAGGCCCAACACGUAGCAUUCGAUCUAAUAAGAAACCUAGUUUUUCUAGAACAAUGACACCUUCGUCUAUCCUCUUGUUUCGGUAUUCAGCACUCACCUUCAACUCACACAUGAUCCACUUUGAUCAUACAUAUGCUACGACUCAGGAACAUCAUCCUGCCUGUCUAGUUCAUGGACCACUCAGCAGUACUCUUAUGAUGGGUCUAUUGACGUCCCACAUUCAAUCCUUGGAUCAAAAGCCAAAGUUCCGGUUGUUUCGAUACAAAUGUCUGCUUCCCUUGUAUGUCAACCAACCCUUGACUCUCUGUGGUCGUGAAUCAGCUUCAGAUCCCAAAAUUUAUGAGUUGUGGGUUGUAAAUCAUGAAGGAAAUUUAGCUGUCAAAGGCAGUGUAGAAUUGGCAUAA